AUGCCUUACAUAAAAUUAUCAUCUUCAAAUCAAAAUCUAGAGUUAUACUAUGAAUUACACGGUUCAGGUGAAAUAAAAAUAUUACUUAUCAUGGGAUACUUAGCUGAUGCUGCAGCUUGGUAUCGUCAAGCUGAUUUCUUUGCUGAAAAACCCGAUUAUCAAUGUGUUAGCUUUGAUAAUCGUGGAUUUAAUCGUUCGUCUUCUCCAUUAACACUACAUUAUUCUACUACACAAAUAGCAAAAGAUACCAUUGCAUUGAUUGAUCAUUUACAAUGGCGUCAAUGUCAUGUUGUUGGUAUAUCAAUGGGUGGAAUGACUGCACUUGAAUUAGCAUUACUAGCACCAGAAAGAAUUCUUUCAUUAACACUUUUAGCUACACAUGCUGGUGGUCUUGCUGGACGAGCACCAUUUGCUGGUAUUCGUCAUAUGGCACGAUCUAUAUUAUUGAGUGAUGAAGACUCAUUAAUUGAAAAUGCUAUGGCUAUGCUGUAUGGUACAAGGGCACUUGGCGAUCCAGAAAAACGAAAAGAAUUGUAUGAUUAUCAUGCUGAACGAGUUCGAAAACGUAUUAAACCAACACUUAUUGGUUUUAUAGGACAGACAAUGGCUGUUUACAGACAUUAUGUUAGUUAUGCUGAUCUACUUAAAAUUCGUUAUUCACCAUUUCAAUGCUUGAUUAUGGUUGGUACUGAAGAUCUACUUGUACGAGAAGCAAAUUCUUAUAUGCUUCGACGAAUACUCGGUUGUCGUCUUGUUAAACUUGACAAUGCUGGACAUGGUUUGCAAGGUGAAUGUGCAACAGAAAUUAAUCAAGAAUUGUUUAAAUUAUUUGAAUCAAUUCGUAGAAAAGAACCAUCGAAAAAAUCGAAACGAGGUGUACCAGAAGAAUAUGCAACAGAAAUAAAAGCAUUGGAACAAUGCUGUCAACAUCGUUCACAUUGUCUUGUUUAUGAUGUUGUCGGAUUCUUACAGGGUCUACUUUUCGGUAUGAUUUUCUACUUUUUAUUUCCACUUGUUCGACUAACUACGCUUCAAUUGACCUUGCAAGGUGUUAUAUUAUUUGGUUGUGUAAACGGUAUUCGUCGAGCUGUUAAAUGUGCAUAUCAUGCAUUUCAUGCGCGCCGUUAUGUUCGAGAACAUCAUUUGCAACUUGAUCGAGCUGCUCAUCAUGGUGGUAUAGGUGUUGCAUUACCUGAAGAACCGAAAAAUGGUAUACCAUAUGGCUGUGGUUUUGAAUUUCCUAUUAUUCCAUUGAUAUUGAUAGCUAAUCUGAUUAGUCUGAUUUAUUGGACACGAUCCCAUGAACAAACAAUUUCAUGA